GCUUUCUAUUUAAGCAGCAGACACCUCCCUGUCUCCUAGAGUUCCUGUCCUUCCUUCCACCAUGUGGCUCUGUGCUCUGGUCUGGGCUUCUCUUGCUGUUUGUAUAUGGGGACACUCACCCUCACCACCCGUGGUGGAUACCACACAAGGCAAAGUCCUGGGAAAAUACAUCAGCUUAGAAGGAUUUGAACAGCCUGUGGCAGUUUUCCUGGGAGUCCCCUUUGCCAAGCCUCCUCUUGGAUCCCUGAGGUUUGCUCCACCACAGCCUGCAGAGCCCUGGAGUUCCGUGAAGAACGCCACCUCCUACCCUCCUAUGUGCUCCCAAGAUGCAGUUUUUGGAAAGCUACUCUUAGAUAUGUUCAACACCCAAAAGGAGAGCCUACCUCUCGAGAUUUCAGAAGACUGUCUCUACCUGAAUAUUUACAGUCCUGCCGAUUUGACAAAAAGCAGCCAAUUGCCUGUGAUGGUGUGGAUCCAUGGAGGUGGAUUGGUGAUAGGCGGAGCAUCAACCUAUAAUGGACUAGCUCUCUCUGCCCAUGAAAACGUGGUGGUGGUAACCAUUCAAUACCGCCUGGGUAUUUGGGGAUUAUUUAGCACAGGUGAUGAACACAGCCGAGGGAACUGGGCUCACUUGGACCAGUUGGCUGCACUACGCUGGGUCCAGGAUAACAUUGCAAACUUUGGAGGGAACCCGGAUUCCGUGACCAUCUUUGGAGAGUCAUCAGGAGGUAUCAGUGUCUCUGUCCUUGUCUUCUCUCCUCUGGGCAAGGACCUCUUCCACAGAGCCAUUUCUGAGAGUGGUGUGGUCAUUAAUACCAACAUGGGCAAGAAGAAUAUCCAGGCUGUGAAUGAAAUAAUUGCUACUCUUUCCGGGUGUAAUGACAUCUCAUCAGCUGCCAUGGUUCAGUGCUUGCGCCAGAAGACAGAGAGUGAGCUCUUGGAGAUCACAGUGAGAAUGAUAAAUUACAAUAUCUCCCUGUCCACCGUGAUUGAUGGAGUGUUGCUGCCAAAGGCACCAGAAGAGAUCCUGGCUGAGAAGAGCUUCAACACUGUCCCCUACAUAGUGGGCAUCAACAAGCAAGAGUUUGGCUGGAUCAUUCCAACGAUGAUGGGAAAUAUACUCGUUGAAGGCAAAAUGGAUGAGAAAAUGGCCAGUCACUUCUUGAGGAGGUUCCAGUCUGAACUUAACAUCUCUGAGAGUAUGAUUCCAGCAGUCAUUGAGAAGUACUUAAGAGGAACAGAUGACCCUGUCAAAAAGAGAGACCUUCUCCUGGACAUGUUUGGAGACAUACUUUUUGGUAUCCCGGCUGUGCUCAUGUCCCGCAGCCUCAGAGAUGCUGGAGUAUGUUGGGUUCCUCUCACCAGUGAUCUCAAGAUUCUGGGUGUGCUAGUGUGCCUGCAGCAGGGAGAGUCCUAUUGGGCCCUUGGGACCCUCCACCAAGUUUGCGCCCAAGAUCCAGCCUACCCUUAA